CACCGUCACUGUUGACGCAUCUGCCUCUGAAGACUGAAGUUCUUGUUUUUUUCAAUAAAGCACCUCUCGCUGUGACCAAGGUCCUGCCUUGUGUCCUGUUGGAUAUACUUAACAACUUACUGACGUCGUUGCUUAGAAACAUAGCCUCGCCUUGUUGGCUGUAGUAAAUUGAUCGUGAGCAGGUCAGGAUAUUAGCUCACGCCAACCUACGAGGAGGCUUGUGUGUUCAAAGUGAUUUCAUUGGGCAGGAGUUAGCCCCGGCGAGGCCGGUGGGGCGUUAGGAGGACCCGAAAAUGAUAAACGGUGGACUCACGGGGCGGAACCCCCUACUGCCGGUUCACCAUGGGAAAGCCAGCAAGCGGCCACGGCGGAAAGGCUCGCUGAUGCGUAUUGUUGUCGUUCUCGCGAUCCUCUUUGCGGUGGGCUACGCUGCGUUUGCGUUCAAGUACAUCGGCUCUUCUAAGGACCGGGUAGCUGCGCGUCAAAAGCAAGUGCUCACACAGCUCAACCGCAAACCCCUUCACGCGGACGCGGACAACGAGCGUCGCACGUUGAAGUCUGGAGCGGUGCCGACGCAUCGGGGCAGGGCAGUCAUCGGGGCAGACGACGACGACAGCGAGCUGCCUGAUGCCAGUGACACAGCAGCAUAUGACCAGGUCAUUGCGGAGAGCGGCGACGCAAUAGACGACGACGAGGAGGGCGGCGUGCUGGAGGCAGCAAACACUGUAAACGGCGCGCGGUCACACAUCGAGGCUGACCGCGAAGCGGACGAGAAGCGCAAAGUUGAGGCGCCAUCUCUGGCGGUGGGCUCGCGCAUUGAGGCAGAUCGCGAAAGCGAGGAGAAGCACGCCGUGCGCUCGCCCGGCCUGGCAGUGGGCUCCCAUAUUGAGCCCGACAGCACGGCGCAGCGGCGCUCGGUAGUGGAGCCCGGCGGCGUGGCGGCGGCGCACGCGGUCAAGGAGCCCGCAGCGGACCACACCGUGCAUACCCAGGCCAAGGCGCCCAUCGACGUGGCUAAGAUCGAGCCCGACGCCCACGGCACCACCGCGCCCGUGCGGGAGCCCGUGCCGCGUGUCGCGAAGAUUGAGCCGGAGAGCGGCAACGGCCACGCGCCGGUGAAGGAGCCGGAGCCGCGCGUGGCGAAGAUUGAGCCGGACGCGCAUGCCAUUAAGCCUGUGCAGGAGCCGCAGCCAAAUGUGGAGCGUGUUGAGCCUGACAGCCACGCGCAGCGGACGCCGGUGAAGGCAUCUGAUGACAAGGCGCCGGUGAUUGCACCAGUGAUUGCGCCGGUGAUUUCGCCGGUCGUUUCCCCCGUGCACCACCCGGACUCGGCGCCUCACGUCGACCCGCACGCGAAGGGUCUGUACGCGUUGGAGGCCGUGGACAUUGACGGCAAGAGCCGCUCCCUGAGCGAGUACGCGGGCAAGGUGACGCUGGUGGUGAACGUGGCCUCGGCGUGCGGCUACACCGAUGAGAACUACAAGGGCCUGACCAAGACGUACAACAAGUACCGUGACCACGGACUUGAGAUUCUGGGCUUCCCCUGCAACCAGGUGGGCGCACAGCUUGUGCGGCUUACUGAACGGCGUUUUGGCAAGCAAGAGCCCGGUGACGAGAAGGAGAUCAAGCACUUCUGCUCCACCAAGUAUCACGUAGACUUCCCCAUGUUCAGCAAGGUCGACGUGAAUGGGGCUCACACACACCCCGUCUACCAGUUCCUAAAGCGCGAGCUGCCUGUGUCGGAGGGCGGCGGCGGCGGCAGCGGAGCCGGCAAGGACCUCAUCUGGAACUUCCAGAAAAUCCUGGUCGACCACGAGGGGCGUCCCAUCCGCCUGUUUUACCACAACUGGGACCAGGGGGAUGUUGAGGGGGCGAUCUAUAAAGCGCUUCACGACGCCCGUGCAGUGGGCGCGCUCAAGACAGGCCGCACUACCCACUAGUGAUGCUAUUGAUGGUACUGAGCUGUUCAAUGAACAUAAUGGUGGUGUGCGGACAAGCGUGGCGAGGCACUGUGGCAGAGGCAGACUGGCCGGUUUUAGUGUACUUGUUCAUGCAGUGCAGGCGCAUUUUGGGCGGUGAUCAACAGCACUUCGGGGGCACGGGCAGGUUCGGAGCUUGAGGAUGCGUUGGGACGUGAGGUAUCCCCGUUACGCCUGGCACUUGUAUGCUUGGCUGCAGUGUAGCUCUAGCCUCCGCAAUGAACAUCGGUUACAUCGCAGAGUUAGGCGCAGGCAACGCGAGGGGCAUCGCAUCAGCGCGAGGUGCCACCGCUUGCGGCGUAAGUAGGCGGGACCCGGCCGAUGUGCGGAUGAGCUUUCUGGUGAUCAAAACUUGCAAGCCGCUAAUUCAUCCAUUAGCAGUUACUGCUGUUACCCGAACAUGAUAGGUGUGUGAAAUUGCGGAUGUGGAGGCGAGGACGUGGUAGCCUGUGGUGGCAUGGGUUAGACCGGGUGCCUGGAUGUGCGGCGACUGCGGAGGCAAGCAUCGGGCGCCCCAAGGUUGCGUGUACGGCAAGGAGUAUGUUUGCAGACCGACCAACGUACCACGCACAGAGUGUCAGAAUGCACUUGAUGAUUUGCCCACCCGGGGUCUGCUUCCGCGCAAGAGUUGGCGCAGCAGCAGGCCCUGCAUUCGUUGCCCACCGCUCCUCUCUGAACUUCUCUGAUGCGGCAGAGGGCUGUCGAUUCCAAAAUC